AUGGCCAACGAAGACGUCAAAGUCGACUCACCGAGCAUGCAUCUAGAGGAGAUCGAUCAUAAGAAGGAUGGCAUGAACCUACCUGCGGUAGCUAGCGAGCGAAUCAAAACCACCCUCUUCCAGGUCGUCUUCUCGAUGUUCGUUGGUAUCUCAGGGUGGAUGUACAACUUUGAUCUAGGCUUCAGUGGCGUUGUUCUCCUCAUGCAGCCAUACAACCGGGCCUAUGGUCACUGCGUUCCAAUGCCCGACGGCAAGGGAGGCACUAUUGAGCGAUGUGCCCUCAGCGCAACUCAACAGUCACUCAUAUCACUGUCCAUUAUAUUCAUUGGUGUUGGGUCUGCAAUCGGCGGGCACGUUGGUCACUAUCUUGGCCGCCGCGGUACUAUCCAAGUCGGCAGUCUGAUCAUCGCCGUUGGCUCCAGCACUAUGCUCGCAACAGCAGGCAAUUUCACCGCAUAUAUGGCAUGCAAGUGUAUUCAGAGCGUUGGGCUUGGUCAUCUCUUGGCUGCCGUACCCCCGUACGGUGUGGAGUGUGUGGCGCCAGGCAAGCGAGGAAUGCUCAUGGCCACGUUCAAUGUUGGCCUUGGCUUAGGGAACAUGGCCGCCGUCGCCGUCUGUUUAGCGUCCUCCAAGUACACCACAAAUUUAUCCUGGCAGACCCCGAUCAUCUGUCAAGUUCCUGUGGCGGUGGUCCUUGGACUCGGCGUCCGAUUUUUUCCAGAGUCACCUCGAUGGCUGCUUGCCAAUGGCAAGGAAGAUGCGGCUAGACGAUCGUUCGCCAGGUUCUACUCAAAAGACCCCUUAUCGCCAGUGGUUACAGCACAACUACAGGAAACUAUGCACUAUCUAGAAGUGGAAAGGACCUUGAAUGCAAAGACCACCUGGCUCGACAUCUUCCGAGGCACGGAUCUUAGGCGCACCCUGACUAGUACCUUGGUUGGUACUGGUGUUGCCCUAACCGGUUCCAAAUUUCUUUCGACCUAUGCCGCGAUAUUUCUGGCCGGUGUAGGUAUUCGCAACCCGUACCAUAUCACGUUGAGUUUUGCUGGCUGUGCCUGUUUUGGAGGCUUAAUCAGCCCUUUCACAUUGGAAUAUCUUGGAAGACGACGCAACCUCCUCGUCGGAUAUGCCUGCAUGGGCUCAUGCAUGUUCAUCGUGGCAAUCGCAGGUUCUGUACUGGGACAGACCAGCACCAAGACUCAACUUCUCUGCACUGCUUUCAUUUGCUUCUGGGGUGUCAGCUACGGCGGCUUUGUUGGCACCUCGCUCACAGUUACCACGUCCGAAAUGCAUGCAGUUAAGCUUCGAGGUUACGGGCAGGCGUUUGUAAUCACGGUCUACGAACUCUUGAGUUUUGGCUCUAGCUUUGCCACUCCUUACAUGAUAAGUGCUAGCUAUGGAAACAUGAGGAUGAAUGUGGGAUAUUUUUUUGGCGGUGAGACCUGA